AUGACAAAAAAAACUCCAGCUCUAUCAAAUAAUACGAUGGAAUUUAAAUAUAUAGCUGUUUGUGUGAUUUUAUAUUUAAUUUGCGUCACAGUUGAAGCUAAUUCUAUUCAUCAUCGAAUUAAAUUAGAUAGUUUCGUGGAGUACGACAUAUUUGAUAUUAUCGUCAAUUCAAGGAAAGCAGAUGCAAAACCAAGGAGAAACUUCCCAUUUAUCAAAAUUAAUAACAGACAAUCCAGUAAUUCUCUUGCACCAGCUUUUAUGAAAAUCCAUCAUGGAGCUUGUAAAGAAGGAAAAAAUGAGUACACUGUCUCUACAUCAUCUAGCCCAGCAUUCGAGAAUUGCAACCAUUCACUAGCUAACCAAAUCGAAGUAAAUAGCACUGGUUCGAUAUCAGUGAAAUGCUGCAGUACUAUUACUUCACCCAACAUAAUCCCACAAAUUAAUGUAACACAAACUAUUGAUUUAAUCAAUUAG